AGAAACUACAUUGUUGGCAAAGUUGUGGUGUAUCAGCAUAUGCUAGUAAUAGUAGUUAACAAAAGCAACUAAAUAACUACUAUUAGUUGCCUCAACCAACUAUGAAUUAGUUAUAGUUUCUUGUAUAAAUAAACAAGCUAUGUAUCUCAAAAGUUAGGCUUUAAUUCAAGAUUUCAUUCAAUUCUUGUUAAGUUUUCUAAUAUGGUAUUAGAGUAGUUUUUUUUCCAUGGAUUCCGUAGGGUCAGUAGAGUCUAUUGGCAGGCAUUUCAAUCCUCUUGCACUCACCUCUCAAAAGGUGGUUGUGCUUGUUGACGAGAAUACUUUUCUGGCAUGGAAGCAACAUGUCUUGCUGGUGCUAAAGACACAAUGCCUACGUUCGUUCAUUGAUGGAACUAUUACGGUGCCUCCACGAAUUCUUGUUGAUGCUGAUGGAAGUUCAGUUGAAAAUUCAGCAUAUAUACAGUAUGAGCAGCAAGAUUCAAAUUUGGCUGCUUGGCUUCUUUCAAUUGGAUCAAACAUCUCUCUGAUUCAUUGUCCGGUUGUGGGCAACAAGUGUCAGUGGAAGAGCAACAAUCAACGAUUAUCAAUGGAUUCCCCUCUGAGUUUGAUCAUGCGGUUUCUAUCAUCACAACAACUAAGGUGUCGUUUGAUUUAUAGGACAUCGCUACAGUGUUGUUGGACAAAGGGGUGUGCAAAUUUCGGGUAAAACCAAAUUAAUUCGGUUAACCUACCGAAUUCGGUUAAUCGGUCGGUUAACUGAAUUAAUUCUGUAGG